GUUUUACGGUUUUGUCGCCGGCGUUACCACCAACGCGCUGCGUCGUCGUUACUCGACGUGUGCUGGUCGAUGGCCUUAGAUCGAAGGUGAUCCGCUUCUGGCACGUAUAGGUACACAAUGUGUGCGUGGGCGGUGGCGGCAGCCCCGCGAAAAUUUCUCAAUUUACGGGCUAAUUUUAAGGCUCUGCUUAUGCAACGUUCAAUGCUGUAAAGGUAUCAACGUCGUAAUGUGUAUGUAAGCCCGAUUAGCGCAAUGGCAAUUUGAAAAUUGCCAUUUGUCACUUUUUUGGCAAAUUGUUGGCAGAAAGAAAAUGAAAAUCAUUUUGCCGAUACUUUGCCAAACUUUCAGGACUGGUGGCAAUUUUCAAAGGUGCACGCAAGUGUCAAAAGUUUUUUUGCCAAUAAUGUCAAAAUAUUGGCAAUCAACGCGGACAUAACUUUUAAAACGACCGUUGGUUUUUUUAAAACCUACAUAUGUGUAGGUUAUGUUAGAUGUUACGGAGUGUCGCGUGUUCGGUUGUUCAUCAGUAGGCCUACGUGCAUUUUCAGUGUUUGUGAGUUUGUGACUUGUGUUAUUGUUAAUCGCUUCAUAUAGCUCAAUUUAGCAAGCAAAACGCCACUAAUCAAACCAACAGCAUGUCUUCGGAAAAUCAAGAAGAAAUGGAUGAAGAGCAGCAGCCGGAUGAUAAUUUUUAUUUGAUAACGCCUCAAGAUCAAAGUGUAGGCAGGACUACCUCAUUUAAACGAAAACGAAAAGCAAAAGAAAUGAUGGAGAUGGAGACGAAACAGCGUUUCGAAAUGAUAUCUGGAAUGGAUGCUCUGAUGCGUGAAAUGAUCGACACGAACGUUUUGAAAAAUCCUGAUUUUGGAACUCGCCCAUCAGAUAGUAAUACAAAUAUUCUGUCGACUCCCGAUGUAACUCAGCAAUUUGAAAGUGAUAUAAAUGUUUCGACAAAUCCUGAUGUGAGACCUUUGCAAUCGGAAAGUGAUUUAAAUGUUUUGACGGAUCCUGAUGAGGAAACUCGCGAACUGAGUGAGGAUACAAAUGUUUUUCCGACUUUCGAUGCUUCAACGUCAUCUAUUGCAGAAGCUCUGCCCAAUGAUACUUAUAUCAAUAUGAGUGAACUAGCUCGAGACUUAGGCUUGAACAUCGUUCAAGAUGUCCACACCAACGAAGCCGUGGACAGAAUACAGCAAUAUAAAGAUAAAAUUUGUGCAACGUUCACUAAGCAUCGAUUAACUCAGGAAGCACAACGUGAUAUGUUAAAUUUGAUGAGAGAAUUGCCUCGAGAUGUUCAAGUUGCCCUUCCGGUUCAAGGCCGGACAUUACGACCGCAUCCAAUUCCUACUAUUAUUGUUGAUAUUGCUCCUGGCCAAUUCGCUUAUUUUGGAAUUUCUAAUAUCCUUAGUAUGCCAGAGAUGAGUUUUUUUGAUUAUAAUGAAACGGUGAUACGACUGACCGUUAAUAUAGAUGGCGUGCCGGUGUUUCACAGUAGCCAAUUCAAUUUUUGGCCCAUUUUAGGCUCCAUCGAUAAUUUCCCAGUUUUUAUAAUCGGAAUUUAUGGUGGUCCCAAAAAACCCACUUGCAGCAACGAAUUUUUACAGCUGUUGAUCAAAGAAAUUAUUGUACUGCAAAAUAAAGGGAUCACUAUACGUGGAAAAACCUAUGUAUUCGUUUUCGAGAAGUUACUAAUGGACGCUCCGGCUGCGUCCUACAUUUUAGGCGUGAAGGGACAUUCCGGCUAUUAUUGCUGCCGGAAAUGUUACGCUGCUGGCAAAUCAGUAGUUGUGGAAGGACGAGUCAGCAAAUCAGGUCGGGAAUGCCGAGUGAUCUGCUUCCCUGAUUUAGAUUCAGGGAAUCGCGUUUCAGCUGAAUUUUCUGCGCAUUAUGACUUAAAUGACAGGGACCCCCACAAUAAAUAUGUAAAACAUUUGUUCAACACAUUAUGUGAUGACGAUGAUGCAGUCAUUAGCGACGACGAAGAAGAAAACGAAGAUGCUGGUCUCCCAGAAGCGAUAAAAGAGCAUCACAUGCACCCUACGAUUUUAGCUAAACUUAAAAAUUUUGACCUGAUAAAAAAUGUCCCCUUGGACUAUAUGCAUCUUGUCUUAUUAGGCAUCAUGAAAAAAUUACUAAAAUUAUGGGUCUCAAAGAAAACUAUGUUACCCAACCAGUCCAACCCAAACGAACCUACUGUUUCAAAACGUCUGGACUUUGCCAGGGAUUAUUGUCCUACAGAAUUCCAACGACGUCCUGAAAAUUUGGACCAUUUAAAUUCAUGGAAAGCCACACAACUGAGAGUUUUUUUAUUAUACGUUGGUGCCUUUGUGAUGAAUGGCUUUUUAGAUUAUGAGCAUCUUUGUAAUUUCCAGCGUUUGGUGGUUGCUAUGCGAUACAUGACUCGUAAAGUGACACGAGAUGAUAGGCGAGCCCAAAUUUUGAAUACCAAUUCUGGUAUUGUGAAACCGAUUAUCAGAAAAUUUGUGGAGGAAUGUAUCCGCUUGUAUGGCGAAGAGUUCGUUUCAUACAAUGUGCAUAAUCUCAUACAUGCUCAUGUGGACUAUGCCAAUUUCGGACCGUUGGAUGAUUAUAGUUGUUUUAGAUUUGAGAGCUUCUUAGGUGUUCUCAAACGAUUAGUUAAAAGUGGGAAUCUUCCACUAGAACAGAUUAUAAACAUGUAUAGCAAUCUUCUGAAAACUGGGCAAUAUCCGUGUAAUAGCAAUGGACUAUGGGAUGAUGUGAUGGAAUUUUACGAGAAACCGAAGUUAAUUCACGAGAUCCCUAUUACAUAUAACAAAGAAGACGAAAAUUGGAGAAAAACGUGUAGUGACUCGUGUUACACUCACUAUUCUGAGAUGAGAUUCAGAAAUUUUACGUUACGAGUCAACAAUGAAAAAGACCGUCACUGUUUCGUUAAUGGUUAUUUCGUACGUGCUACAAAGAUUCUUUGUGAGGUUGGAAGUGGCGAUAUUUUUAUAGUAGGAAAAUAUUAUACAAAAUUAAGAAGUCUUUUUGAGGUACCCAAACCAUCAGUUGACGUUGGCUUGGUUGUUGGUAUUGAAUUGUCCGAAUCUUCGUACAAGUUUCCUUACAAUCAAAUUGAGGAAAAGUGCUAUGCGUUUCCCCUUGAUAAUCCAAACGGUGACUGGGCAAUAGCUCGAUUUUUGCAUUAUUAAAAUGUGUAACUGAAACAACUAAUGUCUAAUACUAGUACCAUAUAACUCUAUGUACAUAUUAUACGAGUGUAUGUAUUUUUUUAAUGCAGUGAUGGGAUAUUUGAGAUGAAUUUUUUCUAUGGGAGGGGGGGGGGGUAAAAAUUCCCCAUUUUUCCGACAUGUGUUUGACUAAUUGCCUUUAACCCUCUCAACUUGAAAUCUCGCAGGUACUAUGUUUAAAAUACUUACUUCAAGUAUAAAUUAACAACAUUGUUUUCAAAGUUCAAUUUUAUUUGGGAAAAAAAUUCAAGAAACCACAGCUGCUAAUUAUUCUUAUUAACAUAAAAUAACUAGUGAGAUUUUUUUUCACUUUUUAACAGUACCUGUACGUUGUCGCUUCCCUUUAAUUGUUAGUUUUUCUUUAAAAUUAAAUAAGAAUUUAUUAAAAAAUGGCCUAAUUCUUCUUUGAAAAAAAAUAACAAAAAAAUACAAAGAAAAAUUUCAAUUACUCAUGCUUCCAAAAUUUCCCCAGGGUUUGUACUGCCACAUGAAAAAGGGUGUGAAAAGGCGAGGACCAAAGCUGAUCCGAACACAUCUAGAUCGGAACAGCAUGCAAAAAUAUAUCACAAUCCAAACUUGCAAGUGCUUAAGUGCAUCAUUCCCGAUUUUCAGUAUGUAAAUUUUCAAAAAUUCCUGGGUCAAAAAAUGAAAAAAAAUAAUCAAAAUUUCAACAAGAAUGCUGAAAUUUGCAAUACACCAUACCAUACCCUCUUUUAGAAAUUCUGAAGCCUCAUCAUAAGUUUUUGGAAAUUCCAUUUUUCCAAAAAAGCACAAAUUUUGAAUUUUGGAUUUCAGUAUUUCGCCUUCUUCCUUUUUAUCCCUGUACAGUUGAAAUUCUUCUCCACAUCCUAUCACUGAAUUUUUAGAAUUUAUUUUUGAAAUAGACGUAACCGCUUGAGAAUUUUUUUGUUUUUCAAAAAUGUUUAACUUAUCUAUAUGUAUAGCGACUAGCAAUUAGACAUGUUAAUAAUUAGUAGGUAUAUUAUGUAUCUAUGUACUUUUCAUCCGGUUCAAAGUUUCUAUUAUGUUCUUAUUGCCAUAUUCAUGUUUCUCAUUGUGCUUCUAAUUAGGUUAAGGGUACUAGGUCGAAUUUCUACGAUUACAUCGGGGGCGUAUCUACCGGAGCGCGUUUGAAAGAAAUUGUAAUUAUAUCGGACAAAGUCAAAGGAAAAUUUCCAUACGCUGUAUAUCGCGAUUGGAUCAACA